CUCUUCCACUCUAUAAUACACGCCCCUUUCCACUUGCAAACCCUCGUAAAUGACAUGGUCUACCGUCACGUCAGCACAGAUAUGAAGAAACGUGCUUUGUACCUAUUAGAAGAAGGCUGGGGUCUUGACGCCGUGUUGGAUGCUCUAGGUGUUUCAGACGACAGCGUACGGCGAUGGAGACGUAAUGAAGAGGAAUAUGGGUCUGUCAGAUCACCCGUACUACCUCAAGGACGUCCAAGAAUUCUCGGAACUGCUGUUUCCAUUGAGUUGGAUCAGCUGGUGCGCGAGACACCUUCAAUUUUCCUCGACGAAAUUAUGGGCUACCUGGCAAUCAUGCACGGCCAGUCAAUUUCAAUCCCCACAAUCCAAAGAAACCUUGUCGAACUUGGACUCCACCGAAAACUAAUCAGAAAAAUCGCCUCGCAGCGUGAUGAAGCCCUUCGCACCUCAUGGUUGGACCAUAUCAUUCAAAACUAUACAGCCGAACAGAUGGUAUUCGUUGACGAAUCUUCGAAGGAUGGCCGAACAAUUGCACGGCGGUAUGGGCGAGCACAACGUGGGGAAACUCCAGAAGAGAUCAUGAGUUUCAAACGAGGGGAUCGUUACAGCAUCCUUGCUGCAUUAGCAUUGAGCGGAUACAUAGCCGUACGAGUUGUGGAGGAUUCAGUGGACAGCGAAGAAAUGUAUGAUUAUGUGAUUAGUGACCUGCGACUCUCUACUAGGUUAAUGUCAUGAAUCCUUUCCCCCAACCAUGUAGUGUCCUCAUCAUGGACAAUUGUAACAUACACAAGGGUCAGGCCAUCCGACAAGCCAUUGAAGCAAAUGGAUCUAUUCUCAUAUUCUUACCACCAUACUCGCCUGAUUUCAAUCCCAUUGAAGAAAGCUUUAGUUGUGUGAAAUAUCACCUUCGCCGACACUGGCGUGAGCUUGACAACCAUCCGUUUCCAAAGCAAGUGUUAUAUGAAGCCUGUAUGAUAGCUGUUCACGCAGGGAAUGCCCCCGGAUGGUUUAGAGAUAGCGGAUACCUGUAGUAGCUGUAUAUAUACUUCAAUCAUUGAUCACAACCUAUCGUUCAAUUCUCAAAUCUUUUGAGGUACCUGAUAUAAGCUUUUGUGAAUCUUGCCCACUCCAGUUCCUCCAAACCCGUAACUUCCUUAACAUACUGUGCGGAUAAAACUGAUACAUCAUCACCAACCUGGAAAUGGAGGGUCUCUAAGGCCGUCAAAAACACCUCUGGAGGAUUGACCCUGAUGUCGUUCUUCAGCCAAGUGAAAAGGUCCCCUAUGGCUGGAAUAUCGGGACUCCUGCUCCGAGGGUUAGCUACUGGAGGAUGUACAGCUGCAUUGAUGGGCGUUGUCGGGAAGGGGUAUGGGGGAGUAUAUGGGAAUUGGUUGAAAGGUUGCGGUGGUGGCCAAAUACUAGGAUAUCCAGGAUAAGGCUGUAGAUGCGGAGUGGUAGGAGCUGGUACAUUAUAUGCAGGUGGCGGUGGG